AUGGGCGGCCCCCGGCACCGUGUCCAUGGCUUCACACUCGACUACCGCUCCAAACCACGACCACCUUACGAGCCGGACGCAGAAGACGAGGACCAUGGUCCUGAACCAUCCGAAUCCUACGCCUCGCCAUCCGCCUUCAGCACAUUACCUGCCGAUAUAUGGCGGGAGAUCUUGUGCCAGUUGGCGGCGGACUAUUGCUACGGUGCCCUCUCGAACGUGGCGUCCACCUGCCGUGCGCUAGAUGAGCUUACCGCUCCGAUACUCUACCACCGCUUCCCGGUGACCGAAGGCACUCUGCUGUCUUUGGCGCUACACUUUCCGAUCGGCACCGAAGCAGCUCGCCUGAAACUUCUCGAGCAAGUGUGCGAGUAUCAACAUGAGGCGCUUGAACUGGUCCGGAUAUCUCCAAAAGUAGCAUCGCGGCGACGACGCCGAUUGCGUCUCGUGAAAGCGCUCGAACUCGCGCAGCGCACAUCCUGGCUCGGCCCCGCUCUCGAGGCGUUCUUCAACUCCUGCUCUGGACUCGUAUUUCCCAACGUGCGAGCUGCCACUGUGCGAGCACUAGGCACUUGGCCCAACUUCUGUUUCUGCUGCUACUCCCCGUGGCGCCUGGCAUACUCUGUGAUUCUGGGCCGGCUAGCGCAUCCAGAAGAAGUAUGCUACAACUUCCCCGCCGUCGAGGAACCACCAGAGGACGUGAGCCGCUGGGUCGCCCGACCGAAAGAGGCGCACAUCCAGCCCCUGAUGCCGAUCGACCUCGUGUUCGACCCUGCGUGGCUGGGCCCGCGAGUCCGGAAAGUGACAUAUCACGACCACUCGGCAGAGGAUGGGCUCGUAGCUCUGCAAAACGUGCAUCACGUCGUGCACAUCCCGAUCGCGCCUGGGCCGAAUCCGAACCGGAGGCGGUUCUGCCGCAGGGCAUUCAUCCAGGCUGCCAUUCGCGACAAGACUGUGCGGUACGGCAAGGACACGACUUUUGAGUUCGUGCUCGACUCGCUUGCGGAUGAUGAGUGGGAGGGCGUCGAUCCCGCGCCUGGGAGUGAGUGGGAUGAGAAGGCAGGCCAGGAGAAGGAGUACGCGCCCGUCUCACAUUCUCUCAACCACCACACUAAUGGUGGACACCACGCCCACGCACAUAACGGGUACGGGUCCAGUGCGACACGCGCUAUAGAGUACUUCUACUGGAGCAACGUGCGGGAGCCUCCGGCGGCAAAUUUGGCGGAGGAGAAGGCGGCGACCUUUGAGAUCGAUCGAUGUCCUACGCCCAGCAGCUGGGAUCGGAUCAGGGACGAUGCGGACUGUGUCGAGUGGUCCAUGGCGGAGGGGCAUGAGCCGUGCACGGCGUGCGGCAUGCCGCUCGUCAGCGAGGAUAUGGUGACCCAGCCUGGGUCAGCUUCGUCGCUGCUCAGGCCACGACCAGCGAAGGGCGUGCUCAACUGA